UUUCUAUCAUCAUUCUUUAACUGUUACGUUUGCGAUUGUUUCGUUUUAGAAACCUACAUACAGGAAUAGAUAAUAUGUAGUUUGUUUUUUUGUUUUAAUUUUUUAGACAGAAUGUUUGUAUGCAGCUACCUCACAAAAAUUGAUAUACUUAUCAUGAUAUCUUAUGAGGGGAACCCCGUUCAAGAGAUUAUUUCACUUCAGCUGAAGAAGCCAAAAAAUUGGAACUGGGAAAUUUGCACCUCAAAGUCGUCUACAUUAAUUGCUUUACCAGUGAUUCAGUUAUUCAAUGCCAAAGGAAACCUAUUGGCCCAAUCGGAGUCUGGACAAACCGCAAGACGAAAUAAAAUCAUCAGACCUCGUCGAAGUAAAAGUGAUGGAUGUUUUCAAAAUUUUAAUACAAAUUCGAAUAGUAAGGAGUUUAAGACACGUUUGCCAACUUGUGGAGAAGGAAACAAGAGGCAACCCCCUUGUUAUGUCAAAGAGAACCGUAAUAGUUUAGUUUCAAUACACCCUUCAAAUACUGUUGAGAUAGAAACACUUGAAAAACCAACGAAAUAUAAACUCAGGCAGAGCCGAGCUGGUAUUUUAGUAGUUGCCGAUGAAAGCUUCAGCGAAAAGCAUCAAAAAAGAUGCCAUGGGAGAUCUAGACGCUGCUCAGCUGAAGAUGAAAGUAGAAGCAAUUCGUUGAAAUAUUUGAACCCGUUGAGAAAAAAUGAGCCACUCUGGAUGAAAAAUCCUGCCCAAGAAUUAAUAUCUGGCUUGCUUUCAGUGCUUCAACUUCUGCACAAAAACUUGCACUGA